UCUCCCCAUCAUUAACUCAAAACUGAAUUUUGCUGUUGCAUUUUCAGGGCAAUGGUAGGCUAUUUACCUUCCCUUAAGCCCUUUACAAACAAAAUGUUACUGCAUAGGUGAUAAUCUUGUCCAUGUAUAUAAGUCCAUUAGAAGUGCACCUACACUUUAGACACAUACUGCAGGUAUUCUGCACUGAAUCAGUGAUGUGGGUGGACUGAUCCUUCUAAAAAGUUCAAUGAGAUGUCAUUGUGUGAUAUGUACCUACAUGAAUACACCCUUCCUAAAUUAUAGGUUUGUGAAGAUAAACAAUAGAAAAAAAACAUCAACUGUGAAAGUUAUGUGUCAACUGUAUCCAAGAAGGAAAAUAAUGCAGAAAAAAACAUGAGUGUAAUCAAUUCAUUAUUGGCAAGUAUUUCACUUCUGGCAGACACGUAAUGACUAAUAAUUAGGUUCUGAAAGGUAACACCCAUUGAAAAGUAUUUAUAAGGAGACUAGUGGGGUGCAGGACAUACUCCUGCAGCACUAGAACAGGCUGUAUUAGUGACUAAUAUAUUGGUUUGAGAUCAUCUGCAACUUGUAGACAUGGCUUAUCAUUCUUCAUCAACUUCUUACAGGGCAUCAACUGGGUCUGUAGCCGGUGGAAGGGGAGUUGGCUCAAGGAAUUCUGUUUCUUUUUCUAAAUAUGGUUCCAGUGCAGCAGGGGGAAAGUUUGGUGGAAAUGCAGGUUGCUACCAGGGUACAGAUUUUGGUUCUGGCAACUUAGGUUCUGGUUUUGAUGGUGGCUAUGCAGCAGAUGCUGGGUUUGGUAGCGGAGUUGGCUUUAGUGGUGGUUCUGGCUAUGGUGGUGGUGCUGGCUAUGGUGGUGGUGCUGGCUAUGGUGGUGGUGCUGGCUUCGGUGGUGGUGCUGGCUUCGGUGGUGGUGCUGGCUUCGGUGGUGCAGCUGGCAGCUUUGGCGGUGGCUUUAACCAAGGUGGAUUUGGAGAGGGUCUUCUUUCCGGCAAUGAGAAGAUGACAAUGCAGAACCUAAAUGACCGUUUGUCAAACUAUCUGGACAAAGUGCGCGCCUUGGAAGAUUCUAAUGCAGAACUGGAGAAAAAGAUUCGGGAAUGGUAUGAUAAGCAAAGUCCCAUUAAAAAGGAAGCAGACUAUAGCCAAUACUAUAAGAUAAUUGAAGAUCUUCGUGCUAAGAUCCUUGCUGCCCAUAUUGAUAAUAACAAAGUGAUCUUGGCCAUCGAUAACACAAGACUUACUAUUGAUGACUUCAGGAUCAAGUAUGAGAACGAGCUGGCUCUCCGCCAGAGCGUGGAAGCUGAUAUCAAUGGUCUCCGCAGGGUUCUCGAUGAACUAACCUUAGCCAGGGCUGACCUUGAGAGCCAGAUUGAAAGCUUAACUGAAGAACUGGCCUACCUGAAGAAGAACCAUGAGGAGGAGAUGAAGGGACUGCAAGGCCAAGUCAGUGGAAAUGUCAAUGUGGAGAUGAACGCUGCUCCUGGUAUUGAUCUGAGCAAGAUCCUGGCUGACAUGAGAGCUGAUUAUGAAAAAUUGGCUAACAAAUAUCAAAAAGAAGCUGAAGAAAGGUUUGUGGCCCAGACCAAGGAACUGCAAGUACAAGUUGUCACUGGAAGUCAAGAAGUCCAAACCUCUAAAUCAGAAAUCACAAACCUCAAACACACUCUACAGAGUCUGGAGAUAGAGUUGCAGUCUCAACUCAGUAUGAAAGCAGCUCUAGAGUCCUCCUUGGCAGAAACAGAAGGACGCUACUGCGCACAGUUGUCACAACUCCAGGAAGUCAUAGCCAAGGUCCAGUGUGAGCUUCAAGAGAUCAGGAGCCAGCUGGAACUUCAGAGCAGUGAAUACAAGAUGCUAUUAGAUGUGAAAACUCGCCUGGAACAAGAGAUUGCCAAAUACAGAGAGCUGCUGGAUUCACAAGACGGCAAGAUUCCUGUAACUGGUGGAUAUUCCUCAACUACAAGCACUACCACUACAUCUACCACAAGAGUCCGCUGAGCCUGAAUCAAAGCAACCCAGAAAAAACAUGGCGUCGUCACACAACCUGUUUUAUACUGCAUUGCCAAUAUAUACCUUCCGCCCCUUCUCCCUGUUUCUUCAAAUGCAAGGACACUAGUUUACAAGGUGUUUCUCGAGCUUUUAUGGUGGUCAAUAAAUCCUUUCUUUUUUGCAAUUUA